UUUCAAACGUUAUGCGAUCUGCUGCAUAGAGGUUUAAAACUUAUGGUGUUCAAGAAACGGCGCCAUGUUGGAAAGCACAUGGCUUCGAAUCGCUGUUGUUUGCGUUUUUGCUUUUUGGGCUUAGUCAUCUUGUCUGUCUGUUCUGUUGCCUACAUAAUGACGAGAGGUAAGAAUUUGAAUAACCAGCAGAUUAGUAUAGAGUUGCUGUUAUUGGACCAGGGGACAAGUCUUUUAAGAACUUGUUUACCGAACGGGGUCAAUAACCUAAGAGUAUUUUGCUAUGCUCGGUCAGAUCAUCGCCUUGACUCGGCGUUUGGUCAUUAAAUAUUUAUUGAAGCGUUCGUGGAAAGAUAAACAUUUUCCAGAAUGGCAUCACAGGCUAUUGUCCACGGGCUUACUUAGAGUUUAGUGGGGAGCAGGGACUGGGGAUGAGAGAAAAAAACGCGAUCGUGAGCAACUGGGGACCAGUUAUCGUUUACACCCGAGAUUUCCUGGGAUUAGGCUGGGAAAGAAGAAAAAAUGCGAAAUCGUGAGAGAUAGCAAGGCUGAACUAUCUUCAAGCAUUCAUAUGUAUUUCGGCGUAAGUGUAAAUUUACAACACGUGGAGACAUUAAUUUCGGACUGGUGAAGUUUUUUAUGGGGUUGUCGCGAGUUUUAAUAUGGCGGCAGCUCAUCAGUAGUUGAAAGAAUGCGAUAGAAGUUGAUUCGUCUGUCUUUCCUUUUUUAGGUUACUUUCUCCUCUAUGUUAAUCCAGGAGUCGAAAAAAUGAAUUUCUACUCUUUGAUUGACGAAAAACGAGAAGAACGAGAUGGUUUCGAGGAAAAAGACAUCAGCAAAACGACUUGUAGACGAGACAAAUUUGAGGAUAUUUUAUUGGUGAUAGCCUUUGUGGAAUUGCUUCAUGAUUCUAUACCGUAUUUAGAAGAGAUUUAUAGAAAACAUUUUCCAAAUAUCAUUUACUGUUUUCCUGCCAAACCAACCGAAAACCUCCAACAUGCAUUUCUCGUUGUUGAGAUGCUGCAUGGCGUUACUGCGUAUGAGUGCCUGAGUACUGCAAUAAGGACAAAACCAGGUUUUACAGGUUAUUUAUUCAUGAGGAAUGAUCUCUUCUUGAACAUUUGGAGCAUUGCGGAUUUCAACACAUCCCGAAUAUGGGAAAGCGCAGAUCAGCUUGGUAACCAAGUCAUGUUCCAGCAACCGCGUGGGUCCUGGAUCUGGUGGUAUACACCGUGGGGGCUAAAAGCUUGCGAGCAGGCUUUUAAGGAUGUUAUUUACUUAAAUGACGCGUAUAGACGUUCAAUAAUUGAUAACACGGUACAAGAAGACUCUUGGGACGUGGAAAAUUCGCUGAAUGCCUUAUUAUGGAAUGGCCGUGGCAUAAACAUGUGUUACCGCUCUUUUUCGAGUCUUUUCUACGUUCCUAAUGAGUAUGCCAGUGCGUUUGAGAAACUCUCAGCGGUUUUUCAUAAGAACCAAGUUUACAUGGAUAUAGCGGUUCCAACCAUUAUACGAAUGCUUGACUUGAUCGAAAAAGCAGAAAUAUUGCCCGGAGUUAAUGUAGGAUUACUGUACGGGGAGGAAAGAGCCCAAAAUGACGGGCAACUGUUAUUGCGUCAUUUAACAACCAAUUGUAGUUAUAUCAGGCCCGUUGAGUUGAGACCUCAAUCUGAUCUUACGGAGCCAAGGACAGCUGGUUUAUUUGACAAGUUACUGGACCAUUUAAGGCGGUUUAAUUAUAGUGGCUGCUCAAUAACAUAA